AAUUCAAUUCAGUGGUCAGUGGUCACUCACACACACUCUUCUCUUUUCUCUCCUUGCAAAUUCGGAAAAUGGGUCCACGGGGGCAUUCAGUUUUCCCAUAAAGUCCCACAUCGAAGAUGGCGAACCUCUUGGACACCCUCUACUGCUCCGAGGAGCAUUGGGAGGAAGAAGAAGAAGAAGAUGAUGAUUACGUAGGCGGUAGCGGUAAUACGAGUAUGAGUAUGAGUAGCAGCAUUCCUUUGAUGGUGGAUGAAGAAGAGUUGAGAUGGCUGGUGGAGAAAGAGGAAGCGGUGAAGAGGUGGGUGGGAAGCGACCCUGAGUUGGAGAGUGGUCGCAGAGAAGGGGUGGAGUGGAUGCUCAAAGUCAUCGCUCACUACUCCUUCUCUCCCACCACCGCUCUUCUCGCCGUCAACUACUUGGACCGCUUCCUCUUAGCUUUCCGCUUUCAGAAUGGCAAGCCAUGGAUGACCCACCUCGCUGCUGUCGCUUGCCUCUCCCUCGCUGCCAAACUGGAGGAGACACAAGUCCCCCUUCUCCUCGACCUCCAAGUGGAGGACACUCCAUACUUGUUCGAAGCCAAGGCCAUCAAAAAGAUGGAGAUUUUCGUACUUUCCACUCUUGGCUGGAGGAUGAACCCUCCCACCCCUCUCUCCUUUCUUCAUUACAUCACUGCAAGACUUGCCUUCAAGGAUCACUUCCUCACCACCUGCGAGUCCCUUCUUCUCUCUCUCCUUCCAGAUUCCAGGUUUUUCAGUUACCUACCCUCUGUCUUGGCAACUGCUACCAUCAUGCAAGUUAUCAAAAACGUGCACCCUCGUCUAGAAGGUGAAUACGAGAGCCAGAUCAUUGGUAUUCUCGGAAUCGACAAGGAGGAGGUAAAUGAGUGUAGGAAGGUGAUGUUGGAAUUGUGGAGAGGGUGGGAGCAGAAGCAAUGCAUGAAACGCAAGUUUGGGUUGGGUUGGGCUCCAGGAAGCCCAAACGGCGUGAUGGAUGUGUCGUUUAGCGGGGAUAGCUCGAAUGAGUCGUGGGCGGUGGCGGCUUCUGUGUGUUCCUGGCCGGAGCCAUUGUGGAAGAAGAGUAGGAGUGAAGAGCAGCUUCUACUAAACUCACAUUUUCUAUAAUUUCAACUACCUUUCCUUCUUAUAUAGUAUUUCCCUGCUUUAAUAACCGCCUAUCUUUCCUUUUCUCUUUUUGACCACCCAAUUAAAUUGCCAACCAUCUCUGCCUCUGCCUACUGCCUACUGCCUACUGCCUACUGCCUACUGCCCACCACUCAUUAGUUCAUGGAAUUAGAUUACACCCCAAGAUCCAUGCAGAGAUCGUUGGCAUUUUAUCAGCAACAAUUUUAUAUAUAAUAUCAACAUGGACUAAACUGUAUUUAUUGUCUUUUACUUUUUCUCCAAUAAAAUCGGUCCUAUCUAUACUAA